GAAAAGUCUCGCCUGUCUCUCUCGCGUGUAGAUCGUGUGUUGCUUUUCUCUCCCUCUUUCCCCCAUUAUUCACUCUCCAUUCUACUGCGCCAAAACACUCGGGCUGUUCCCCCUUUGACUAUUGUGUUGCUCCCCACUUUCCCUAUUGUCCCGCCUCUAUUCUCCUCUGCUCGACGAGGCUCGUCUGUGUUCCCCUUGCGCCAAAUGAGGGCCGUUCGUCGGGCAGGGCUAUACAUCAACCAUGGCGGACGCUCCAAAUGGUGGCAGAAUCGUGCCCAUAGUCACGACUGCCCGUCAGCACUACUCCAGCUCUCCGACAGAUGAAAGCAUGGCCAAAACAACUCCGCAGACGUCUCAGAAGACCAAGAUGCCUCGCAAUGCACGCAACAAGACUGCAGAGGCGGAAACUCUGGAGAUUCCUUGCCUCAAUGCGCUAGGGCUCUAUGCUCUCCCCACUGAGGGUGAUGGCAACUGCCUUUACUACGCGCUGUCGGACCAGACUUAUGGGGAUUUCACGCACGCCGACGAAAUCCGUGAUCGUCUUGCAGACCACAUAUCCGCCAACAAAGACUACUUCAUGAGCUUCAUAGCCGCGGCCGGUGGAGAGCGUCGAGCCCCUCGACGGGCUGCGGCUGCAGCCGCCCGACAAUCUUAUUGUUCCUCUUCGUCCGCUAGCCCGGCGCCUCCUUCAGCCAAGGAUAAAGAGCGGAGCUUUGACUCCAAGGUGGCAGAGUCCCGGAAGAAGGGCGUAUGGGGAGGAGCGGAGGAAAUUCAAGCUUUCUGCCAGGCCUUCAAGAAGGACGUUUGCGUCUAUACCAUGUACGGUAUUCAAAAUUUUCGUGACGUUCACGCCCCUGAAGGUGAGGAACGCGACAUUAUCCAUAUCGCAUUCCACGAUUUUCACCAUUACUCCUCCGUGCGGCAUAGCGAUGGGCCUCACACCGGUCUGCCUUGUAUUCCCAAAGUCGGUAAAGAGCGGGAAGCAGAGGCGUCAGCCGCUGAACCCACAGUUGUCGACAUGGCUACCCCCUGGAAGAUCUCCGCAAUUCAGGAGGGUCUGGGGGGUAAGUAUGACCAAGGCGCUAUAGUAGAAAUGCUACAGCAGUGCCGCGGGAAUAUUGACCGGGCGUUUAUGAAUCUCCUCGGUGAGGAUAGCAAUACGUCUCUGGCAGACGCGCCCUCGUCCAAGGCCAUCAUGAAGUCACGCCUCCAAGCAUCUUCGAGGUCGUCGUCUCCUUUCAGCGUCGGCAGCAAACGUUCAGCAGAUGAAAGUGACGCCGACGACAGCCCUCAGCCGGCUGUCCGACGUACCCGGACUCGUGAGAGUAAAAGGCGUAUCCUCCCUGAUGUCAUGGUCGGGAUUGAGUUUAGAGACGAUCAGAAUGAUCUGGUCUCGUUGCGAUUGCGAGUCAGCCCAGACACUGUCGUUCCCAAGCCUGCAGUCCAGCCAAGCACCGAGCAGGCUGAGGCCAGCUCUCUAGAGUCUGCAACGGAUAGUCCCAGUCUUUUACCACAGGACAGGAAACUCAGGAUCCGGUCAAAAACUGUUUCAAGUGAGACGUCUAGCAUUCCGAAUGAGUCCAGCGAUGAGCGAAAGCCACCCCGACGAAGCCAACGGAUUUCCAGGACUCGUCCGGCGCCUAGAAGUGCUUGACAAUUACAAUCUAUUCUGUGGCUCUUCUCUUACUCUCAUCUUCACGUUCCGAGAACAUCGGUUUCGAAUCACAAAUCCUUCUACGCAUACGACA